GGCAGUGAUGGCGGGUCUCGGGCUCCAUGCAUCGAGCAGGAGUGCCAGACAUCGGCCAUCGGCGAGAGGGAAUUUCCGAGAAUAGGGUCAGUAGAAUGAACUGACCCGCCUUGAGACCCUCGGCGUUGGAGAACACGAGUAUUGGCUUCCUAGGGUCCUAAGUCUCUCAAUGCUCCAAAUGAUGCGUGCUGGCAUUCCAGACUCCACUGAUCAGUGCGCCUGACUAUUCAGACCCUGAACGUGCGCAAGAAACGUCUGCAGAGCAUGUCCACUUCCAUUCGCGGUUUGCUUCCCGCCUGACCACUAUAGAUACGUUCAAUCCCAGUUGGCUAAUCUACAGUCUGCUGUCCACCACCAUGUCUGAGGUCGUGAAACCUCCUGCGCGCAACGAUAUUUCCGUGGCCUCCUUCGGCCUGAAUGCCUUUAGCGAUCUCUCGCCUCAGCAGAAGGAAGAUGCUGUGUACUCGAUGUUGUUCGGCCGUUUUGCCGCCAACGGCAGCGCAGAUCCGCGCGACGACCCUCAGAAGUGGGCCGCCCAGUUCCAAUCCAACCUGGAGAAUGUCGGCUGGGUCGUGACCUCGUCGAGCAACUCGACAGCUACGAUCAGAACGGGCAGCGUGGACGACCUGGUGCUCACUGCACUGGAGAAUGAGACGACGUGGACCCGUCACGAAUACGCUCUCGCCGUUCGGGCAUUGUACGCGCUUCAGGCGGCCGGUGCCGACUCAGAAGGGCAAGAACUCAUGAAUGGCGAUGCGAUAUCGAAAUCGAAGCAUGCUUCAUUCUUCCAAAUCGCCGUUGCAGUCCCCGCUGAAGGUAACAUCCAACUGCGCCUGCUCACCUUCUUGCUCGAGAUGACCGACGUGGAGAUGACGUCUGUCCUUGGGACCAGAUGGAAUUUGAAGCAAGCACAGUGGACCACCACGCAUCAGACUAUGGAGUUGAAUGAGGAAGUCUACGCGAAAGUCCGCGAUUCCAUUGCUGACCGACUCCAAGGAGCAGGCGCCCUCGAAAGUAUCGCUGCAGUUCCUUUCUGAUACCUAAGUGGAUAGCAAAUUCCAAGGAGAUAUGAUCAAAGGUCGUUCCCUUCUCAGGCCCUAUCUGCCUCUGUAACACUGUCAUCGCUCACGUAUGCUCGUGUUAGAAGAACAAUGUUAUGCUAUUGGCAUUACUCUCACGUUGUAAGUAUGCGAUUGGCUCACAACCACUUGAGCAUACGCGAGAAUAUCGAAAGUGGAUUCCUGUGGGACUUAGUUUGUCUCUACGUCGUUCAAUGGAUAGACCGAACGCUCCCUUGUCGUUUAUGUUGCAUUUUUGUCGCAUGCCAGAAUUUAUGGAU